CAAAAUACCCGAAGUAAUAUAUCCAACCUAGCGCAGGGCUUUCAAACGCCUUGCACAAGCGUCCGUUGGUCAUGCUUGACCUUUACGCUUGCCAAUUUUCCUAGGCGCUUAAAUACCAGUUGCAGCCCCACAAAUUUUGACAACUAAAGGGGUUAUUGCAGCCGUCUUCCAGGAAGAUAUAUCAGCGUAAGCACCAGAAGUGCCGACAGCAGUAAGGUCAUCGGCCGGUGUUGGAGUUCAAGCUAACACCUCGAGCUUACAGUUUGGGUGUGUCAGAUCAGCCACAACGCCUACUAUUAUCAUUCAAGCAGUGUACACGGAAGCGCGAGCUGUGGGAAUCUCUACGGCAUGCAUGGUUCCAUUGAUGAGCUGGUCGGCGCCGCCAGCGAGCCGCAGCAGCACCUGCGUGUGACGCAUCUGGGCCACCGGGGCGCACGCGGCGGCCUUCCUCACGGUUACAGCGUGCCAGACGCCAUCACAGGCACCGCCAGCCGUGGUGCAGUCAGCCUCCACCGCAGGAAUGUCAGCCUUCCGGACGGACGCAUUCCCAACUUGCGCCUACCUGUGACUGAUGCUGACGGAGGACCUGUGACCGCUUCUACAGCUGCUCAUGCUGCUGCCGGCUCCGAGCUGCUCCGUCCUGGUAGGCGUGUUUCAGGCCACGUAGGGCUCGACAGCCGCAGGAGCGGUGCGGGGCUGCCGGGUGAGCUGGGCCGGGAGGCCCUUUUUGCCGACCUGGGCAGCAGCAACCCUGCAGGGGCUCCUCUUGCUGCUGCUGCUGCUGCCGGGGCCGCUGGCAGCAGCCGGCGGCAGUCCAACAACAGCCGCUGGUUGGGCGCAGGAGGCGGCAGAGAGGUAGAACUGGCGGACCUGGGUCACCUGGGGGCCGCCGGUGUUGCUGCCGCCGGUGUUGGUGGUGGCAAUGUCAGCAUUAGAGCAUUGCUUCGCAGCCCUGCUGGCGAGAUGAACGACUGGGCAACAAGACAGAUCGCUGCUGCGGCGGGUAGCGGGCGAGUCCAUGGCAAGUCGGCAGAGGGCUCAUUGUACGGCAGUCGCGGGCUGCGGCCAACUGAAGAGGAGCUGCUGCUGCUGCAGCAGCAGCAGGCUGAGCGGCCGCUGAUGGCGGAGGAGCUGUGGGGCGAUGCUGCAGCAGCAGCUGCUGCUGCUAAUAACAAUGAUGAUGACAACGAGGAGCAGCUCGACCAAGAAGUGGAGGUGUUGCAGCAUGAGCCUGGCGGGAAUGCGCUUCAGUACCCUCUGCCACCGUUAUCUGCAGCACAGCAGCAGCAGCUACGACGACCACCUCCGCCGCAGAGGCACAGGCUCGUUCCGUUGUACGACAGCUCUUCCGGGCGAAUGUACGGCAGCUACCCGGUGACGCUGGCAUACCCCCUUGCUGACGCUGAUGCUGUUGAUGACGAUGACGCUGAUGCUGCUGACGUCAUGCACCUCCAGGCGCAUGGCCGGCCGUCGUACGGUGGCGUGCCUUCUCGGCUGGCUGCGCGCCUGCCGCCCUCCACCGCACUGGAGGAUCAGCAGCAGCAGCAGCAGCGCAUGCGAAGUACCCGCCAUCGCACGACGGAUCCCUACCUCCGCCCUGCACCGCGACAUAGCUAUCAUCAUCAACAGCAGCAGCAGCAGCUGGGAGGUGAGGUGCUGCUGGACGCCGCAGGCCUGCAUGGAGACGACGGAGUCGGCAGCGAGGGUGCUGCUGCUAGGGGUGCUGUAGCUGAAGGCUUGGCGGCAGACGCACAGCGGCCACUACACCGGCGGCGUGAGCGCUCCCUGCCCCUUCACACGACACCAUCGCUCCAGCAGGGGCCGCCACUACAAGCACCGCCGCCACUACAGCCCCCGGCUCCAUUGUACGACGACGACGGAGGCGAGGACGAGUACGACAUGGGCACGCUGCAAGACCCACGACUGGCCCCGCCGCCGCCACUACAGCCCACCUUCUCGGCAAGGAGGCGUGCGGAAAAGCAGCUGCUGCAGCAGCAGCAGUUGCGGCUAGGUCUGGCGGACAGCAGGUCCAUGGAGCACCUGGUGGCGGAGGCAGCGGCUGGCGGCGACGUGCCGCUGCCGUACGGCGAAGACACCGCUGCUGCUGCUACCUCUGGCGCUGUCGCCACGGCGGCCCAGGGCGUGUGGGACAGCGAGCAGCACGAGCCUCUGUUGCCGCCACCGCCACAUGACGACCUGGAGGUCGAAGAACAAAUUCUCCUGCUAGAGCAGCAGCAACAGCAGCAGCAGCAGCGGCGGUACCGGCAGCUGCAGCAGCUGCGGCUCCAGCAGCAGCAGCAGCAGCAGGUUGCGGCGGGCGGGUUGCACCCGCGGUGGCAGCGGCAGGUGCGCUGGACGGAUCGCUAUGACCCACUGGAGCUGGAGGAGGAGGCGGACUACCUGACGUGGCGCUUGGAGCGGCUGACGCAGGCGCGCAGGAUGCAGCUGUUGCGGGAGCAGCAGCUGCAGGUGCAACAGCAGCAGCAGCAGCGGAGGGUGCGAGUAGAGGAGAGGGGUGUGUUGGUGCCGCUGGCUGCUGGUUCGGUGCGGGAUCAGGCGGCGGCGGAGGGGGUGCUGCUGCCUGGGCUGGAGGCCUCACGCAAGCGGAAGCUACCGUCUGAGGGCAUUGAGCCGCCGCUGCCGCCGCCGCAGCAACAACAGCAGCAGCAAAGGGAUGUUAUGUCAUGUCCCGUCCGGGAGGCAAAGCGACGGGCGGGAGCAGGAGCCGGGGCGGCAUCACCGCCACAACGGCCCCCAUCUGCAGCGGAAGCAGGAGCAGGCCAGCAGGACGAACAGCCGGACCCGCAGCUGCGGGGCACCCACGCAAGUGGCGCUAUGGACGUCGAACCGGCUGCCGGUGGUGGUGGUGGUGGUGCUGCCGCUGCCGCCCAUGCUGCUGCUGCUGCUACUGCUGCAGCGGCAGUAGAACCCAGCAGCUCCCCUCUUGCCGGCGCUGCUGAGGGACGCUCUGGCGCUGCAGCUGCCGCUGCUGCUGCUACUGCCGCCGACACCUCCGGGCGGGGGGAGCAGCAGGCGGCAGCUGCUGCCUGCUCCUCCUCCUCCGGGCCGCAUGGGCUCCCCGCGGGAUGUGUGGUGCUGCGGGAUGUGGAGGGGCUGCUGGCGGCGGUGGGCGGACUGCUGCGGAGACCCCCGGCCUACCUCGCCGUCAGCCUCACUGCACUGCUGGGGCUGCACCUCGCCUCCUGCGCCCGCACCGGCAGUGCCCCCAGCCGCCAGCUCUUGCAGCAGGCAGCCGCGCUGGCAGCCGCGCAGCGGGGGCAGGGGCAGCAGCGGGACCCGGCACAGCAGCAGGCGGCAGGGGCUGCUGCUGCUCAACAGGAUCAGGGUAGGGAGCAGGGUAGGGAGCAGCAUGUGGUGGCGGCUGCAUGCGACAGCCAGCUGCUGGUGCUUCUGGAUCUGGGGGGUGGGGGCGAUGAGGAGUGGGCUGGGCCGCAGGGGCAACCACAGCGGCUACCGCAGCAGCAGCAGCAGCCACACUCGGGGAGCAGUAGCAGCAGCAGCCCCUUUGCGCGCUGCUUUGUACUGCACUGCUGGCCGGAGGAAGGGGAUAAGGAGGGGGGUGCGGGCGGCUGCAUGGCGGGCGGCGGGCGAGGCCAGCUGGAGUCGCUGAGGGCGUUUGCGGAGCGGUUUGCGGCGCCCCGGAAGGGGGCGGCGGCGAGGGUGGAGGGAGGCGCCAGGGUGGAGGGAGGAGCGGCGGCAGCGACGGAGGCGGAGGUGGAGGAGGUUGAGAGGGGCAUAUUGGGGCUGGCUAGCGUGCUGGUGAGUGGGUGUGUUUGGGAGGACUGGCUGUGAGUGAGAGUGUGUUGAGGUAACUGGCCUGGUACUGGAGGGGUGCUGGGAACGUCAGCAGGCUUGUUCUCUGUACGGCAAGCUGGAGUGAAAGGGAUAAGUGGAUAUCAGAUGUGCACUUUAGGGGCAUUGUUCUUUGGUAUAGGCAACUCAGGGUGCGCCUUUCUUGUGUCGAUUUAAUUUGCUGUUGUUGGCGUCGGCGCUAGCCCACACUUCCCGCUCCCUCCUCUUUCCCUUCUUCUUCUCCUCACUCCUCACUCCCUCUGCUGCAUCCCUCCCUCCCCUCCCCUUCCCUCCUCCCUUCCCAGCCGCCCCCCUCCUGCCCGGGCCUCCGCGGCCUGACCGAGCUGCAAGCCGCGCUGGCCGCUGGGCGGCUGCGGGAGCAGCAGCUGCUCACCCUGCCGCAGUGGUGGGCGGCCGGGGCAGCAGGGGCCGGUGGGUGGGCCCUGCAGGCGGGUCCGGGCGCAGGUGCGGGUGCCAGGGGGCUGGCGGGGGCUGCAGCACCCUGGCGGGCCGCACCUGCUGCGGGCGGGCUGCAGAUGCGCAGGUCGGGGCGGCUGGUUGGGGCGGCGGGGCUGCAGGGGCAGGGGAUGCAGCAGGAGGGGGGAGCAGCUGACGCCGCGCUGUUGCUGAUGUUGGCGGAGGCUGCGGAGGAGGUGGAGAUUGGCGCUGCACCGCGGGUGGUGCCGCAGCAUGUGGCACCUUGGCUGGUCCCGCAGCACACCGCACCUUGGCUGAUGCCGCCGCCGCCGCAGCAGCAGCUGGUGGAAGCUCCUUCCGUACCGGAGCCGCAUGCGUGGGCGGGUGCGGGUGCGGGUGGGGGUGGGGGUGUGGUGGCGGCGAUGGAGCCGCAGGGGGCCGUCCUGGCAGCACUGGCAGCCGAACAGCCACAGCAGCCGCAGCCGCAGCAGCAGCAGCAGCAGGAGGGGCUCCCAGUGAGUGAGGUCGCGGCGGCUAGCGGGGGAGGAGCGGCGAUGCCGGCAGGGCAGCAGAAACCGCCGCCGCCGCAGCAGCAACAGCAGCAGUUGCCGCAACCGCCCCAGCCAUUCAUACAACAUCAACAACAACAACAACCACAGCGGCAGCCACAGCAGCAACAGCAGCCACAGCAGCAACAACAACAUCCGCAGCAGCCACAGCAGCAACAACAGCCGCAGCAACAGCAACAACAACAGCCACAGCAGCAGCCUUCAGAACAGGGACGAGCCAAACCCGGCCUUUCCGACCCAUCUGGGUCAGCCAGCGGUGAGCCUUCCAAACACGCCCAAGACGCCAUGGCUGCACAUGAGGAGCCGGAGGUGAAAACGGAGCAGGAGGCCAACAGCAGCGACCAAGGGGACGGCGGCGGCGGGCCAUCUGAUACGGGCCCCGAGCGCCCGCCGCCCGCGCGUCCCUUCGGCUCCCACCCUCGCGGCUCCCCAGCUUCCCUGUCCGAGCUGCUUCCUGGCGCCAGUGCGGCUCAGCUGGCGGACCUGGCGGCGCGCAUCCGGGCACAUCAGGCGGGGCAGGCGCAUGUGCCGGUGUACGUGCGGCUGGGGAUGCUGACGGGUCUGCGGCCGGGGCGCUUCGGGCGGGCGGCGUGGGGCCCCUCCGGCUCGGGCACCGCGGUGGGGGUGAUGGUGUGUCCCGAGGGCGCCAUGCACGCCUCGGGGCAGGCGGGGCGGCCGCGCAGGGGGCUGCUGCUGCUCACACUCACCGGGAAGAAGACGGCGGAGGCGCAGGGGCCAAACGGCAAGGAGGGUAGUGC